AUGUUUGGUCAGAUUCUUGGAGAAACUUUCUGCAUCCCGCGUAUCUAUCUAUCUAUCUAUCUAUCUAUCUAUCUAUCUCUUGCUCUCUCUCUCUAUAUAUAUAAGUCAGUCUGUUCAUUAUCUAUCUAUCUAUCUAUCUAUCUAUCUAUCUAUCUAUCUAUCUAUCUCAGUGUAUUCACUAUCUAUCUAUCUGAUUUGGUGCUCCCUCAAUUAUCUAUCUAUCUAUCUAUCUAUCUAUCUCUAUCUAUCCAUCUAUCUCACACACACACUAUCUAUCUCACACACGCAUACACACAAUCUAUCUAUCUAUCUCUGUAUCUAUUAGUCAGUUCAUAUCUAUCUGUCUAUCUAUCUAACUCACACACACACACACACAUACACACUCUCUCUCUAUCUAACUCACACACACUAUCUAUCUAUCUAUCUCACACAUAUCAUCUCUAUCUAAGUCUGUCUAUCUAUCUAUCUAUCUAUCUAUCUAUCUAUCUAUCUAUCUAUCUAUCUAUCUAUCUAUCUCUGCUAAUAUAUCUAUCCGAAUACUUUCCCCAUUCACAACUCACUUUCUUGCGCCUCCCACAUAAUUUCAAAGCCUCGUGUCAAAAUUCUUUAUCACCUGCUCAUUUACUUUUCACAUUUAAUUACCAAUUUCUUUCAAGACGUCAUCGCGUCUCCCACGUACACGUUGAUUUAUUGUAUGAAAACCUCUUUAUAAUCUAUCUAUCUAUCUAUCUAUCUAUCUAUCUAUCUAUCUAUCUAUCUAUCUAUCUAUCUAUCUAUCUAUCUAAUGUCGUUUAUUCGGAAAAGCACCUUCUUCAGGUCACUGUCACAGUUGGUAACGUGCCAGGAAUUUCAAACCAAAACCUUGUGUUGGGUAAUGCCCAAAAUAUUCAUUACUCUUUUUCAUUGAAAGAGACAAGCGACAUUAAGUCGCUACGAGUUGUCUCCCAUUGCAUGGUCAUCGGAAUGGAGAACUUUCUGAAGCAGCAGUCGGUAAAUUACUUUUUGCCACUAUUCCUUUGUCUGUCUGUCUGUCUCUCUCUCUGUCUCUCUCUCUCUCUCUAUCUAUCUAUCUAUCUAUCUAUCUAUCUCUCUCUCUCUCUCUCUCUAUAUAUAUAUAUAUAUAUAUAUAUAUAUAGAGAGAGAGAGAGAGAGAGAGAGAGAGGGGGGGGGAAAGAUAAGAUUAACACUAUCUAUCUCAGUCUGUUCAUUAUCUAUCUAUCUAUCUAUCUAUCUAUCUAUCUAUCUAUUGCAAUGUGUUCCUAUCUAUCUAUCUAUCUAUCUAUCUAUCUAUCUAUCUAUCUAUCUAUCUAG